CAGCCCAGGAACAAGUCCGGGCAUGAGUUGAGUACGGAGAAGCCGGUACUGUAACACGUGGUGGGGCGAUAGUAUCUAGUGACUGUCCGGGAGCCGUGCGAUCGCCGGGCGGCCUAAAAUGGAAAGCGCUGCUUCCGCUGAUCUAUUCCCGGGGUUUCCUCAGUCCAGGGACUACAUGAAAGCUCCUAAAACAGAUGCAUCUGUGAAUGAACAGGUGCAUGUCAGAAAUCGCAGGAAGAACAGAAAACAUCAGCGUUUCUUGUUACGCAAAGCAUUUUUACAGGAACAUGGUCUGCUGGGCAAAAACAAAUCUGAGGAGCAUUCAUGUUCCAUCCGUGAUGAGGAGAGCUUUUCAAGUUGUCUACAGAGAGAUAAAGAUGGCCAACCUGCAAGACUUGAUGAGAUCAAGGCUACAUUUGGUUGUAAGGUUAUAUUCUCCUCAGAACAUCCUUUGGCUUGUGAUUAUGAUAGCGGCUUGUCCAUGGCAGGCAGCUGUUCGUCUAGUAGAGCUUCUUCACCUGUUUCUUGGCUAAAACCUGGAAAAUGUGUCGCCAUUGAUUGUGAAAUGGUUGGUACUGGUCCUGGUGGGAAGAUCAGUGAGCUGGCGAGGUGCAGUGUGGUGAGCUAUCGCGGAGAUGUUAUAUAUGAUAAAUACGUUAAGCCAGAGCUGCGCGUGACGGACUACCGGACACGGUGGAGCGGCAUUACUAAACAACAUCUGGAGAAUGCAAUCCCAUUCAAGACCGCUAAAAAAGAGAUAUUGAAGCUUCUCAAGGGUAAGAGGGUGAUUGGACAUGCGCUACAUCACGAUUUCAAAGUUCUGAAAUACUUCCAUCCUCCCGAGCAAACAAGAGACACCAGUGAAAUUCCAUUACUGAACCAGAUGGCAGGAUUUCCAACAUGGCCGAGUGUUUCUCUGAAAAGGCUAGCAUUACAUAUCCUGCAAAGAAAGAUACAGGUUGGUAGCAAGGGACACUCGUCAGUUGAAGAUGCACAGACGUGCAUGGACCUUUAUAAGUUGGUGGAGGAGCAGGUGGAGCAAGAUCUCCUGCAUUGCUCCCAGCUCAGUGACUCCAGCCUUGUAGAGGAGGACAGUGCAACAGAUAUCCAAUACAUGGAUGACCAGUACUGGACAUGUGAACUGAAUGAAGACUAAAUGAUUGGACUGGAGUGUUAGAGUUGGAUAAACUAUUGCUCACUCUCUCACCCCAUUGAUGCCCCCGCAAUGUGAUCAUGGGGUGCCAGUGAUUGGAGGCAAGGCCUGAUAAGCUGCCUGUCAAUUAUUUCUAAGACGGCCACAAUACAGCAGGGAUGCCCAACCUGCGGCCAUCCAGCGGUUGCAAAAAUACAAUUCCCAGCAUGCCUGGACAGCCUACAGCUGUUAGGGCUUGCUGGGAGUCAAAUGAUUGCAAGAUCAUUUUGAUACUGAGACUAAAAAGUGAAUUCUAGAUUUUGGUUAAAUAAAAGUUUCAUAGUAAAAAAAAAACAAAACUCAAAACCACGUUUCCCUUACAAAGACGUGUACUUUGCAUGUAUUAAAAUGAAAUAACUCUACAUACUCCAUGUAAUAACAUUCGUAGGAACCUGUAUGAUAAAAUUAACUACUUUAUAUUAAAUAAUAUUUCCACCUCCCAAAAGAAAUUAAUCAGAAAGUUAGAUGUAAACAAAAUGGUACCAAUGUACACUACAAGUCGUCCUGUAAAAAAAAACAAAAAAAAAAAAAAACAUUCAGUCACCGCGAUGGAAAAAUAAAAAUGUUCUGUGUCUUUCUAGGUGCAGCAACUCAAAAACACUUUUGAAAAAAAUGUGUAGAAAAGUAUGAAAACUGUACUAACCUGUUAUCAAUGUAAUUGUAUCAACCUGCAGAAUGAUGUCAAAAUUGGGUGAUUUGUAACGCACUGUAAAAACUUAACUGCAAAAUGGCUGUUUUUACCAUGCCC